AAAAAACUUAACAAUCACGUAUUUUGAGCAAACUUAACCGUUUUGUCCAAAUUUGCUUUUUUGGUUUUUCCUUAGCAAUAAUUUCGAACUACUCACUAAUAUUUUUUGAGUCUACCAGCUGCCAGCGAAGUUAAUGCAAUAUAGGUAUUAGCAGUGAACAUUAUUAAAAAAACGACUCAAUGUUAUGAACAUGUCGCAUAAUCUUAAAUCGUCAUACGAAUGCUCCAAGCGAAAGCAACAAAAAUAUGAAAAAUAUCGACAAGCAUGCGACAGCAGUCAAAACAAUCUCUAGCACUCAAUACAAAUUGAGCGCAAAGACAUUUGUCGGAGGCCAACGUAAAAGAGCAACGCACUCACCAUGCUUACUCACCGAAUACACCACAACGUAUCUAUGGUAGGCGGUAUAUAAAGCAUAGUGACAUACAAAAUUUCAUGUCAUUUAAAAAAUUACGGCCCGUACGUAAAUAACAAAUAGUUGACUGCUGUGCUGUGCUGUGGUGGUGCUCGCGCUUGACUAUAACGAAAACGAAAGUGUCAAAUAUAUAUUGAACGUCUAUAUAAAAGAGUGUUAAAAUGAAAGCAUUCGUCGUAGCCGGUAUUUGCUUGAUUAGCAUUGUUAGUUUAAGCUCUGCACAAUUCUCCAAUGGACGCGUUUUGGAUCCACCCAAUCCACAAUUGUGCGCUCAAAGGAUUAUACACGAAAAGACACCCGAUGGUAAAGGCUACUUCUUCUCGUGGCGCGACUCACAAUUGAAAGGUGUGGAAGAAGAUUGGUUGACAGCCAGAAACUUCUGCCGCAGACGUUGCAUGGACUCAGUUUCAUUGGAAACUAGCUUAGAAAAUGAAUGGAUUAAACAACGCGUGGUUAACGAAAACGUGAAAUAUAUCUGGACCAGUGGCCGCUUAUGCGACUUCAAGGGUUGCGAUCGUCCCGAUUUGCAGCCCACCAACGUCAAUGGCUGGUUCUGGACCGCUACUUUGCAAAAAUUGGCGCCAACUUCCGAGCGCUCCCAGGGUGAUUGGUCGCCAAGCGGCGGUAUUGGUCUGCCCCAGCCUGACAAUCGUGAAUACAAACAGAACGGUGCUCCCGAAAAUUGCUUGGCUCUGCUCAACCAAUUCUACAAUGAUGGCGUCAACUGGCAUGACGUCGCCUGUCAUCACAAGAAACCAUUCGUAUGCGAGGAAAACGAUGCCUUGCUGAAGUACGUCCGCUAUACAAACCCAAACUUGCGCAUUUAAAUGCGUCUUUGUUUUGAAAUGUUUGCAUAGGAAGUGCAGCAAAUGGUGUAUGUCAACGUACACGAAAUUGCUGGAGUGAAACCAAAAAUGUUUUCUAUCAUAUAAAAUGUUAAUCUAUUAACGCAGAUACUCAUACGAGCAAUGCAUUUCUUCAUUUUUUUCUUGUAUAUCUUCUCUGUUCUACAUCCAAUUUCUAGCGACUAAAAUGUAGCAAAGUUUAUGUAUAAAUAUACAUAUUUAUGCUUAAUUAUAUAUGUAUGUCCACAAGAACAUAUGUACCUUUGAAGAUUUUACGCUUUCUGAAUUUUCUGAUACCUUCUUAUACUCUCAUUGUUUAGUUAAAUAAUAUUUUGUAUUAAUUUAUGAUUAUAAUAUAUAUAUAAACGUCGAAAAAUUCUCAAA